UGUUAAAGCGCCGGGGUUACGGGGUCAUCCCGUGGAAGAUGGCGGCGGCUGGGACAUUGACCUUCGGGCGCUUUCUGAGCCGCGGCCUCGGGGCCGCUCAGGGCUUCCCUGUGGCCGCUAGGUGUUUUGGUGUGAAGAUAUCGCCCACGGGGGAGAAAAUUACCCACACGGGCCAGGUUUAUGAUGAUGAAGAUUACAGGAGGAUUCGCUUUGUUGGUCGCCAGAAAGAAGUAAAUGAAAACUUUGCAAUUGAUUUGAUAGCAGAGCAACCAGUGAGUAAAGUGGAAAGUCGAGUGAUAUCAUGUGAUGGUGGAGGAGGAGCUCUGGGUCAUCCAAAAGUGUAUAUAAACUUGGACAAAGAGACUAAAACUGGGACAUGUGGGUAUUGUGGACUUCAGUUUAAACAACACCACCACCACUGAAACCAAUUAUAUUCUUUGGCUCUUGUACAAUUCUCUGCAUGUAAGGAUCUUAGUAUUUUUAAAAAAUGCUUAUUUAAGAAUCACAACAUACCCUUUGUUCUAAAAAUAUUCUAUAAAUGAAAUAUAAUUGUUGAAUAUGAUUUUAAAUUUAAGAUGCCUUUUUCCCCCAUGGAAUAGUCCUUGAACUGUAUUAUUUUAAAUAAAUAUAUAGCAUUCAAUUACUCUUUUAACACACUGGUUUGCUUUAUUCUCUUUCAGGAAAAAUGAAAACCUUUCUAUCAGCAAAUGUUAAAAUAAAAUUUCUUGCUUUUACCCAAAAUUAUGUAUUGAAUUAUUGAUAAUACUUUAGAGAUGAUAAAGUAGUCUUAUGUAAUAGAGAGAGGGCAUUUGACUUGGAAUCAGAAAACCUGGAUUUGGCUUCUAGCUCUGAUGACUAUUCGACUUAUGAUUGUAGACAAAUCACUUAAUGUCUCAGAGCUUCAGUUUCCAUUUCUGUAAAAUCUAGUUUUCUUUUAUAUCAGACAUGACUAUUUAAAUAUCAAGAACAGAAAAAAAAAAAGUUGAAAUUCUAAUGUAUUAUUAUGUGUGUGCAUGUCAUCUACAAAUGUAUGUGGACACAUAGGUGCUUAAUAUAUAUGUUAUUUUAUUGAUUGAUUGUACUAAAUAUAACAUUAUAGUAACAAAACUGCCUUGCUUUUUUGUCUCCUUUUGGAUGUUAGCUCUUUUCUGUGUUUUUUUUUUUUUUAGUUUCAUUGAUGACUUUUUUUUUUUAAACAUUCUUACUACAACUAUCCAGUUCUUGUCCCCAGUAAGGGGAAGCUCUUCUUUGUGACAAAUAGCUAUAGCCAAGAAAAACUAACCGGUGCUUUGACCAUGUCUGAAAAUUGUAUAUUUCAUUUUGUACAUCUAGUCCAUUGCCUCUUCCAGGAAGUAAAAAAAAAAGAAAAA